AUGCCCCUCUAUGCGUGCCGUCACGAAUGGUGUGAGGGCUACUGCGCUCGCGGAAGCGCGACGCCGAUCUUCUCGCUGUCGAAGGCCGAUUCCGCCACCGCACCACCCUUGCCUGCCAGUUUUCUUACCACCACUGCAACGCCGUGUGGUGAUCGCAGCGGCCAUCGACGCCGGCUUCCGCCGCUGCUGCUCUGCGCCGCGCCCACCGGAACCGGAAAAAGCGUGCUCAUCCCACUUUACGCACUCGACGCGCAUUGGGCGGUGCUGGAGCGUCGACUGCUGCGGACGAUCGACGCCUACGACAAGGCCGCUGCAGCGGAGGCCACGGCGAAGGUGCGAGGUGGCGUCCACUCCGCGCACGAUACCCUGCUCUCCGCCACGACGGCGCAACAGACGGCGGCUGCCGCGACGGAGGCGGAGGCGGCCCACGUUGCCUUGCGGUCUUUCCCUCUUGACUCGCAAGAGAGCUUCAUACGCGAGUUCAUGGCCUGCAGCAGGCUGCGCAUUGUGGUGAGCCAGCCAACUCGUGUAGCGUGUGCGGAGCUCGCCGCGUACGCAAGCGCGCUCUUGGACGUCGGUCGCACGUGUGUUGGUGCCAGUGACAGCUCCGAAGUGGCGCCGGCAGGAGCAGGACUCAGCGGCGGCCGCCGCCUCGACAAGAAGCAGUGUGCCCUGAGCCGUCGGCUUGUUGGGAAGCGGGUAGGUUUUGCUGUCGGUGGGGAGUCACAGUUCUGCUCCGAAACAGAGAUUGUCUUCGCCACCCCCGGCUAUGUUCUCAAUGCGCUGCAGGUCUCCCAUCCCCAGUCGUCGCUGUCGCCAACGACGCUUGUGGUGGACGAGGCACACUGCCGCGACAUUGAGACAGAUGCCUUGCUGGCCUGGAUGAAGCUGUCGCGCGAGUGCAGCCAAGGAGGUGAUGCUUCGGCAUUGGCUGCUUCGGCGCCGCUCCCGGUGCUGCGUCAGUACUACGUGGUGUCCGCUACCAUGAAUCUGCAGGCGAUGGACGCCUAUCUCUGCCGAGGACUUCAGAACGGUGGCAACGGUGAGCGCGACGCCCAUCCAGGGCCGCGCGAAGGCCUCGCUCGAGGGCCCAAGCGCACAAUCGCCGAGAGCGAUGCCCUGCCCGAGGAUGCCGGGGGCACCGACCUCGUGUCUGCAGACGCGCCGCUUCUGCUUCUGUCUCCGAUGCAGCGCCAUCAUGUGCGGCGGUGGUGGCAAGGAGAGCAGUUGCUCAGCGCUGGCGGACGCAUCGAUGGCGCAGACGUAGACUCCGCCGUGGGGCGGGCUGUGACGACGGAUCCACGCGUGCGCGCGGCCGUCCUGCAGCUCGUAGAGGCCACCGAAGGCUACGGCGAGUGCGAUGACGGUUACUGUGACGACCCCCUUCUCAUCGGUGGCGCCGCGAGUGCGGCGAGCGGCUCGCCCGCCGCCAGUUCCACAGGACGCGCGGUGGCUGGCUCCUUUGCCAGCAGUGCCAAGAGUCCCACGGAGACCACAGCCAGAGUGGCGCCAUUGCGUCUAUCGCCUCCCCUCAACCCAUCGGAGCCUCGCGGCGCUGACGGCGCGGUGAUUGUCAUCGCCACCCAACCAUACCGUGUAGAGCGCUACUUCGUCGACGAUCUGGAUCCCGUGAAGGGCUGCUUUGCGAGGUCGCAGGUGCUGUUUGAUGAGACCGCACGUCUCAGUGCUGCCGCUGCUGCAUCGGCGGCAGCGGCCCGCACUCCUUCCAACGCACUGCAAGGUAGGGCUAGCGGAGGUAGGAAAGGUGGAAGCCAACCCAAGCAAGGCGACAAGGCAGCCUCCUCCGCGUCCGCCGCCGAAGCCACCCAGCGGUCGAGCAGGGGCUUUCCGAUGUGCCUCACCGACGAUGGUGCUGCACUCCGAGCACGGUUGAUCGAUUUACACGGCACGCGCGCCGCCUCCUAUGUCAUGCUCAACACCCAUGCGCGCGCGCUCGUAGAGCUGAUUCUUCAGCUGCUGCAGGCCGCACGGCUUCGAUGGAUCGACGGUGCGGCCGCACCUCCCGCGACACCGCGACCUCCGCGCAGCGAACAGUCCUACCACGCCGACGACAUCACUUCUGAGCCGGUGUCAAUGACUCUCACAGCCGCAGCUCCGCCGGCAGCGGAAGCUCCGAUCACAGUGCUUGUGUUCGUCGCCGGCAUCAGCGAGCUGCACCAAAUCAUGCUGGCUCUCGAACGGCUGUGCGACACCGUACAGCCCUCACCCUCGACGGCGUCGUUCCCAUCCACCAACGUUGCAGACUCGAGCGCACCCUCGACUCUCGUGCUGCGCCACGGCUCCGAAGUCUUCUCUGUCGGUCUUCUGCACUCCACCGCAGUGGGAAGUCCGCAAGAACAGUUGACGGCGACGGACCACUCGGGGGCGCCGUUGCGCUUGCUUCUCUCGACCAACGUCGCUGAGAGCUCCCUCACCAUUGCAAACACCCGCAUCGUGGUGGACACGUGCCUUGAGCGCCGCAUCAGCACCGACGACGUCACCGGUGCUACGCAGGUGCUGACCUCCUUUGUGUCACCGAGUGGGCUGCGGCAGCGGUGUGGGCGGGUUGGCCGGACUGGCGAUGGCGUGGUGAUCCACCUGGCGCCAAGGCGGUUUGUGCUUCCAGAGACCCCUCUGCGCCCUCCCACAACGACGACGCCAACGACGCGGCGGGCCGUGUUGCCAACGUCCUCAACGGCAGACAUGUCCGAUUCUUCAGCGUCGACGCUGACCUUCGAGGCCCUGCCCGAUGGCGUCGCAACGGUGCUGCUACGGCUAACGUUUCUCUUUGCGAAGGUAAGUGACGCGUUGGCGGCGUUGCCGUCGCCGCCGAGCGCCGCAGCGGUGCGGCUGGCCUUGCAGCAGCUCGCGGAUAUGGAUCUUCUCCUCUUGCCGGAGGCGGCAGAGACAACGCCGCCUCCGGAGGCGACUCGCAACGUACCCGAUCUCGCAGCCGCACGUGGGUCCUUCGGUCCCGCUAAUGCGGCCGCCCUCUAUAGCGGCGACGGCGCGCUGCUCUCUCUACUAGACCGCAGCACUUUAACCCCGAAGGGUUACUUCGUGGCAAGUCUGCCGCUGCCGUACGAGCACGCCUCCCUCGUCUAUUAUGGCCUGCAGUUCUGCUGCGUCGAGGACGCGCUACUGGUGGCGUGCGCCAUGGCCGUCCCGUCGCUGUUUCUGACGCCGCGUGUGUCGUCCAGUAGCGCCAUCCAGGCGGGGGCGCGACGCAGCACAAACUCUGACUACGCCUCGCAGCGGUGGGGCGUGGACAGGAUGCCGGCCCUCUCGCCGCUCGAGCAGUUCUAUCGGCACCUCUGGGUGCAGCGCCACUUUGCCGGCUUCGCCGUGCAGCGGAUGGUGCGCCCCGCCGCGUGCCCGUCCGACGGCGGCGGGGCGGCCAUCAGCCGCCAGAGUAUCGACAACAGCAAUUCCGUGAGCGACACGGACGAACCCGCGCCCACCACGGCCGCUGCCACAACGUCGGUGGAGGGGCAGGCGGGCCAGCUGAGUGAACCCCUCAUGUUGCGUGCGCUGCUGCGGCAGUGGUACGCCUUUUCGAAUGUGGGCGCCUGCAUCGGGUUCCAGAACACGCACGGCCUGAACAGGAGCGCCAUGCGCCAAGUGGACAGCAUGGUGGCCCAGACCUGCGGCCGGCUCAUUCGACUACUGCUGCAGCUGAGCACCGCCUCAGAGGAUGGCGCUGCCAAGCGCUUCGUUGUCGAGGAUGCUGAGGCCGAGGUGGAUUUCGGGGCCUACGUGUGCCAAGCCUGCGCUGCUGGGUCCGGCACGACUGUCCUGCCAAGCACGAACAGCAUGCCAGGACGUGGCAGCCGCGGCGGUGGCAGCACUACUGGCUGUAUCCCUUUUCUUCCAGACUGGCCUGCAGAGGCCCGGGAGCAGCUGCUGCGCUCACUGCGGCGCCUCCAGCGCGUCGCGGUGGGUCGUGUGCACCUGCGCCACACCGAAGUGCGGCAACGCUACGGUCUGCCGCAGUGGUACGGCAACGAAGAGCGGUGGAUUCGACUGUGGGGUCGUCCAUACCUGCGGCAUGGCCCCACCGACCACUUGGCCUCACGUACCGGCGGGCGAGGAGCAGCCGAAAACAGUGCCGGUGUUCUGGACAAGGAGCGAGACGCAAGAGAGGCGGUGCAGCGGCACCCAUGCUUCACGUACUGGGUCGAUGGCCUGCCUGCCUUGCGGUCGCCCUACCCCUCCCCCUACCGGCAGCAGCGCACGACGUUCGUCGCUGUUGGCGGCGCCAUCACCCCUUUCUCCACAAGUGUGCCCCCGCCGUUGUCCACGCAAGUCACGCGGUCAAAGGUGCCCAUCUACCGCCCGCCAGUCCCGCCACCGCCGAUCCCGCCCGUCGUCUUCGCGAUGGGUCGCACCGACGAUCGACUGUGCGCCGCCUUCGUAGCCGCGUUUGGCCACCGCACCUUGCGCGGCGAGGACGGGGGGCACCGCUUCCACCACCGCCGCCUGCGCCGCAACAUGCAGGCGCUGGCGAACGACGAGGAGCACGUCUGCACCUUUCAUAUAGAUGUGCAGCAGCAGCAAGAACUAGCGCCGCCGUUUCUGUCUAGCGGUGGCGCAGCGGAUCAACUGACACUCACCGCGCCACUGUUUCCGCCGUCCAACUCCUACGACCUCCUCCACGCAUCGGGUGUAACGUCGAAGUCGGUGGAGCAGGCCCUUUCUCCGUACCUGCGUGGCGCGGGCCUGCAGCAGCUGGAGGUCUUCCAAAGCAAUCGCCUCGCCGUGGCGGCUCGCUUCGCCAGCGACGGGUUCAGCGGCCUCUUCGACAGCCUCUCGCCCAGCCACCCCGUUGUCCUCUGCGCCAACGGUGACGCUGACAACAACGCAGAUGAAGAGAGCGACGACAUGGGCAACGGCGGAGGCGACGCCGCCUCUAUGCAGCGCGUUCAUGAUGUGCGGGAUGGACGGCGCACCGCUGCAACGGGCACGAGAAGUGCCGAAGCUAGGUGUGGGGUCGCAACUUCAGAGGCAGCACCGACAAACACCCGGCUGGUAAGCGCAGACGGUGCGCAUGGACCGCCAUCGGAGGAUCUACUGAAGGCGGUGGUGCUCCCGUCCGCGUUUCGAUACGCUGGCGGGGAGAGGCCGCCACCGCCAGAGACAUCGCCCGCCAGAGGCAACUCCCCUCGAAGAAGUCAUCCGUACGUGCAGCUGGCACCUUUCGGUGUCAGCCUCCUCACUGCCGCGACUGCAGGCACCGGCGGUGGGGGUGUGGGCAGCGGCCUUGGCAGCCUCCAGCGCAUACCCUUGUCUGGUGCUGCGACCGCUGCACUCAGCUCGCCGGCUGUGCCGGCGCAGCCGUCGUCGUCCUUGACCGCCGUUCCCACCUUACCCUCCGCAUCGCUUGGACGCCAGGCCGGCUCCGCUGCGGAUGAGCGGUGCAGCGUGCGCUUCGCCGAGCUCCCUCUACCGUCCGCCGCUGCGGCAACGCGGCCCACCCGCGGUGGCGCCACCACUGCGACUGCUACAACGACGGCGUGCGUGGCGUGGUCCGACAACCUUGGCAGUAGUGGCCGGUCGGUCACUCGAGCUGCCGUAGCAGCCUUGGGUCUGGCAGACCUGUUUCCCACAGCGCCUCCGCUGUCGAAGAACUCGUCGCCGCUCGACAGCCGGGGAACUCCCUUGCGCACCAACAGUGGCGAUGACACGGCCGCCGCCUCUCCGCCUUCAUCGGCGUGCACGAGCUCGCAGCCGUCGAAUGGCACGGCAACGCCGACAACGCUUACGGUCAGUGUCGUGCCCCCCAUCUACGUUACCGGCAGCAUCACGUGGAAGGUGCUUCUGCCUGCCCUCGUACCCCCCGCCUCCUCGAGGGCGCAUGCCACUCACAAGGGCAGCACCGACGCGGCGCCGCCGCCUGUGCACUACUGCAUGCUCUGCAACUACCUGUGCUCUAGCCAAGGCACCCUUGACCAGCACUGCCGUUCUGCCAGCCAUCUUGAGCAUCUCUACCAUGCCGUUCAGCUCGGACUGCGCCGUGAGCACCUGGCGACGCUGUACGGCUGGGCCCCACGGACCGUGAGUGGCCAUCAAUGCGCGGGCACAGAUGAAGCACACACACGCGAUCACCCCGGUUUCAGCGAAAGCGAGGGUAGCGUUAGCACACUCCACCUUGCACCGCCUGCCAAUGCUGCGUGCCCGCUGGCGUCGUUACUCUCCCUUCAGAGCGCCACCCGCCUGCCGCUCGCCCAGCACGUCUACCCAUGUGUAGUCGGUGCCCAGUCGUUCUUGAACUGCCUACAGUGGUCCGCCGGUGACCCUGCGCCGUCAUCGUCAUCCCUGUCUUCGUCACAGGAGGCGAAACGCCCGGGCGCUCAUAAAGCGGCGGGCAGAGCAGCAGGGGCGCACCGCGCGACGCCGCUCGCGGUGGCUGGCAGUCUCGUGGCGCUGCAGAGCGUCGCCGAUGUUCUUCCGCCGCCGCACCUGCGGAAGCCGGCGCAGCCAAGCCCGUGCCGUGGUGAGGCUGGAGUGGGGGCAACGCCCCCGUCGUCAUUGGUCGACGCGGAGACGCUCUCAGCGCAUCAUGUGUGGGUGCUAAACUGGUCCAACAGCGGCGAAGUGAGUGCGGCACCCUCGCGAACUCCUUCACCACCGAUGUCAGCGCUGCUCGUGGUGGCCGGCUACCUUGCCGCUGCCUCACCGCAGGCCACGGUGGCGCUGCUGCUCAACGGCACACACACACACCUCCACGCGGUGAUGCUGUACGGCUUGGGCGUGUGGCGGCUGCCGACGCCGCUGCCCAUGCAAGGUUAUAUGGGCCUCCUGGAGCAUAUCGGACGCGGCGGUGGCUGGCUCGGUGUGCUGGUGCCCAUGACCAGCGAUCCGUCCUAUAAACGGCACGAAAGCGUGCGUGAAGAAGUGUCGCCUGCGACGCAUGGCCCCUCUGACGAUCUCCACUGGUGCGCUCCGGAGGCGGCGUGUGCCCUGUGUUCAGACAAACAUCGCUGCGACAUGUCGGCGAGUGCGCGCGCGCUAGACCGUGACGCCAUUGUGGAGGCCACGCUACUUCUCGUCCUUCACGAGUAUCUUCACGCGCGCCGCAACAUGGUCACCCUGGCCGACUACGUUGAGCGCGUGAUGCACAAGCUUCAGCUCUCGCCCUUCGUGGUGUCCGGCGCGCGUGCAGUGCAAGGGGCCGAACAGGCAUCACAAGCGGUGACGGCAGCAGACGUGUUGACCGCAUACCUGACGCACGUCCGUCGCGGCCAAACCGUACAGGCACUCUUGCGCGACCUCGGGUGCGGCUUCGCGACACCACCGCGCGCUCUGGCGGCGCUCAUGCGGCCCGCAAAUGCGUCGACUCCUGCCAGAACUGCCCAGGGGAGCUGCCGUGGUGCGCCAGCAGGGCUGGGCGAGGGCCGCAACCGCGAGGCGUCCGUGUCGCCCGCUGCGGCGCUGGCAAGGCGACUCAGCUACCGUGCGCUGGGCGCGGAAGGGGCAGCGGUGGAGAUGAUGUUCACGGUGCCACCGGCGCUCCCGUCGCGGCUACCGCCGGUCACCUUUGCCGCACAGCUGCGUCAGUUUUACGUCGACCGUCGCGCGCACCGCUGGGCGCCGCAGCGGCAGGCGUCCGCAACGCGGACACGCACUGGUGACACCGCAGCCAUCACCGCCCGAGCCGGAGACGAGGUGCUCAACAAGGGUAAGCCACAUGCGCGCCCUGCACGUGCGCUCCAAGCCCGCGACAGGGCUGGCCGCCUACGUGGCCCCCGCAAGGUGGACAAGGGCAUCGACAUCGUGAAUGAUGAGGAGAACCUGCCGCAGUUUUAG